GACGGAGGGGUUAUUCAUUGUGCUCAGUGUGUCAGUGCUGCAUCCAGAGAGGAAGGAGAGGAGAGGAGAGAGAGAGAGAGAGAGAGGGCCACACACGGCCACAUUAACCCUGCGCGUCUGGAAACCUGCACACACACACACACGCACACACACACACGGAGAGAGAGAGAGAGAAACGCGAUCGGAUCUGCGCUCAUCUCUGCAGCCUCUCCCCCGGACCGAGUCGCUCCUUUGUUGCCGGGCUGCAGGAGCAGAAUCUGGGGCUGGACUCGCUGAUCGGCAGCAGAGGAGAAGGAAGGAAAAAAGGGGAGAAGGACGUGAUAUGAACGUCUCCUCUGCGUGAGACGCCAGCGCGGCUCGAAACAAGCCCCCCGCGUUUUUUUUUUGUUUUUUGUUUUUUUUCCCCCCUUGUUUUGCAGGCGGGUGGAGGAGGUUAACAGGAGGAUCAGACAGACAGAGAGAGACAGAGAGAGGGACAUUUCUACCUUUUUCACCUGCAGCUGAAGGCCCCGAGAAUAGAGAAACACAUUAUCCUGCAGCAGCGAUGCCCGGGUUUGAUUACAAGUUUCUGGAAAAGCCAAAGAGACGCUUCCAGUGUCCGCUCUGCAGCAAGGCGAUGCGGGAGCCGGUCCAAGUGUCUACCUGUGGACAUCGGUUCUGUGACACCUGUCUGCAAGAAUUCCUAAGUGAGGGCGUCUUCAAGUGUCCGGAGGAUCAGCUGCCUUUGGACUAUGCCAAGAUCUACCCCGAUCCGGAGCUGGAGCAGCAGAUCCUGGCGCUGCCCAUCCGCUGCAUCCACAGUGAGGAGGGCUGCCGCUGGACCGGCCAGAUGAAGCAGCUGCAGGGCCACUUCUCCACCUGCGCCUUCAAUGUGAUUCCCUGCCCCAAUCGCUGCUCCGUCAAGCUGACGCGCCGCGACCUGCCCGACCACCUGCAGCACGACUGCCCCAAGCGCAAGGUCAAGUGCGAGUUCUGUGGCAGCGAGUUCACCGGCGAGGCCUACGAGAACCACCAGGGUGUGUGUCCUCAGGAGAGCGUUUACUGUGAGAACAAGUGCGGAGCGAGGAUGAUGCGUCGUCUGCUGUCCCAACACGGCAUGGCCGAGUGUCCGAAACGCACGCAGCCCUGCAAGUACUGCGGCAAGGAGUUUGUCUUCGACACGAUCCAGAACCACCAGUACCACUGCCCUCGGUUCCCUGUCCAGUGUCCAAACCAGUGUGGCACACCCAACAUCGCCCGAGAGGAUCUGGCUAACCACGUGAAGGACAACUGCGGCAGCGCGCUCGUUCUCUGCCCCUUCAAAGAUGCCGGCUGCAAACACAGGUGCCCCAAACUGGCUAUUGGUCGUCACCUGGAAGACACCACUAAGUCCCACCUGACUAUGAUGUGCAACCUGGUGGGUCGUCAGCGGCAGGAGAUCCUGGAGCUGCGGAGGGAGAUGGAGGAGCUGUCCGUCAGCCAUGACGGCGUCCUCAUCUGGAAGCUCAACGACUACUCCCGCAAGCUCCAGGAGGCCAAACUCCGAAGCAACCACGAGUUCUUCAGCCCGCCCUUCUACACUCACCGCUACGGCUACAAGCUGCAGGUGUCGGCCUUCCUCAACGGCAACGGCAGCGGCGAGGGCUCCCACCUCUCCGUCUACAUCCGCGUGCUGCCCGGAGAGUACGACAGCCUGCUGGAGUGGCCAUUCUCCUACAAGGUGACUUUCUCCAUCAUGGACCAGAGCGACCCGUCGCUUUCCAAACCCCAGCACAUCACCGAGACCUUCAACCCCGACCCCAACUGGAAGAACUUCCAGAAGCCCUGCAGCAGCCGCAACUCGCUGGACGAGAGCACCCUGGGCUUCGGCUACCCCAAGUUCAUCUCUCACGACGAGAUCAAGAAGAGGAACUACAUUCGAGACAACUGCAUCUUCAUCAAGGCUUCUAUAGAGAUUCCCCAGAAGAUCAUGGCUUAAGAUCUGACCUUUGUGUUUCUUUGGAUGAAGGAGAAAGAUAGGUUAAAGACUUGAACUGACACGUAACCUUGAAAACUUCUACACACUUACCCUUUAGAUACUUUCUGCCCUGACAGCCUCUCCACCAUGGAGCUUGAAGCGAGUCUGUAUGGCUGUGCGAGCUGACUCGGAGGACCUUGAUAUAUCACAGAGGAGAAAGUGUUUGGUCUGCAGAACCAUCACUCUCUGGUGUUUCUUUUUUUAUUCAUUUCUUUUUUUUUUUAAUCUGUUUGCUGACCUUUUAUCACAGUCUACAACAAAAAGCCUUGGAAAUCAAACAGUGCCUAGAGAGUUUAUCUUAAGUUAUAUUUUUGUUGUUAUUUCCGCAGUACAGAUGUUAAAGAUUAUGGAAAAGAUAUAAGAAAUGGGGGUGAAGGGCUUCACUAAGCCUCUGCACUUAGAGUGGCGAGAAAGUUAGUCGGAAGACAUCCCGGCGGGGUGAUCUGAGGAAGAGGGAGCUCAGCAGACUCAAGCUCAAGCCCAACUGCCUUUGUUUACACACCCAUACAGUAUACUCCCAUUGAUCCCUUAACAAACACAGAGCCCUUGGAAAGAGACUACUGGUGAAGUUUGUGUACACACAAGCGUCAAAUAGCGGUUUUCGAGUGAACAAUGUCAAUCUUGGUGAUUUUCAUAUUUUAAAGGACUAGUCGGACACUUUUGGUUUCAGAUGAAUGAGAAGAUCAGUGCCACUUAUCUCUGUCCCGUCAAUACAACCAGCAGCCGGUUAGCUUAGCUUAGAACAGAAACUAGAAAAGGAGGUUAUGGCUAGCCUGAUGAAUCAUCACGUUUCUGUAGAAAGUACAGUUGUUUUUUGUUUUUUUUUAUGUUUGGCAGUUUCGUGGUUGUACUUCCUGGAGUGUCACGGUUUACCUCGCAGUUGCUUCAAAUAAAUAUCCCUCCGUUAAGUGGCAAAUUAUAAUUUUACCCUUUGUUUUUUUUUCAGAUUACAGAAACAAACAAGGUAAAACAUUUAAACCCGUGAGCUUUAGAGGUUCUGGUGGAUCAUUUUUUUAGCAGGUGGACAGAGCCAGGCUAGCUGUUUCCUCCUCUUCUUAGCCUUUAUGCUAGGCUAAGCUAACUUUCUUCUGACAGUAGCAGCCAGUUGAAUUAGAUCAGCAUGAAGACAGGAAAUAAGCUAGCCAGUCAGUCAAUCUACCAUCGUCUAAACUUCUCCAAUUUAAAUAUGAGCCAGGUUUCACUCAAGCAAAUGAGCUUAUUUUCCCAAAAUGUCAAACUAUUCCAAAACAUUGAAGUUACAGAUCCGUCUCUUCUAGCUAACCGCUCCAUCACAGGACCUGUUUAUGGCCUGUGUUUGUAAGUAGUUCGAACCAGUUGGAUAAAAGCUUAUGGAGCGUGCAGACGUACCAAACAUGCACUUCAUAGUGACCCUAUGAGGCUUAUUGUGUCCGCCAAUAGGAAAAAAAAAGCACCUUUUUCGUCGGUCUUCGGAUGAGCAGAGCAGACAAAGAGGCCAGUUGUCGGAGUGCACGCGCAUUUAAUAGUGAAGGAAAAGCCAUGUGGCCUUUUUAUACAGUAUGUCUUCGCAUGAGGGUUUUAGGGGUGAGCAGGGCAACAUAAACACAUGCAUGCUACAUGUGCUACCACCUGGACCACGUUUUUGUACUGUAACCUGUAUUCUUGAAAUCCUCUCCUGUUGAUGGCUAAUUUGUCUCUUUUGUUGGACCAUUUGAAAGUUGACAAAUUGUCAAAAGACUAGUUUGUUUGUUUUUUUUUUUACGUUUUUUUGUUAUGUUUUUAUAUACAGAAAAAUGUGAACACCGUUGGUCAUAUAACCUAUAAAGACAAUGAACACUGGGCUGUGAAGUGUAUUGUUUUACAUAGCCCGGGCACGGACAGUGGACUGUUGGAAAAGGACGACUAAUGAGGAGGAUGUCUGCAAAUAAUUAGGUGUGUUGGGGACUUGGAGCAUUUGGAUGGACACUUGCCCUGUGCGAUACACCCGUCUCCAUCACAGCGCCAUCAGAGCGGUGGAGGACUUUGAUGAUACAGUACACUCAUGAUGUAUGUGAAUACUAAUGUAAAAAUGCAGAAGCACAUUCUGUCUUUUUAUUAUUCUACAUGGAACAAUUCAUGAUUUCUUGUCAUAAUACCAGCUGAUAUUUUACAGUGAUUUAAAGAAGUGAGAAGACGAAAAACUUUUUUGUAAGAUUCUGUAUUUUUAAAAAUACUUAGCUGUUUUAUACAAACACUUUUCGUUGGAGAGUCGGGGUUGACUUUGGGAAUUUUCAGACCCUUUCGUCUCUUGGACAUUUGGAUAAUUUGUUUGUACUCGUGGUUUGAGCCUCACAUAUUCUGUCUGUAUUAUUUCCUCUUAAAAGUAUUUAUUUUAAGGAGCCGUCGUGCGAGUUUGCACAGAUGGCACAAAUGUUUUAAUAUGUUGAUUGAUGAGUGCUUGUCAAUUUCUUAAUUGAAAUAAAAUACCAUAUAUUAUA